AGUUGGAAGUCACAUGAUUUCUCUUAUCGCUUCGUGUUCUUGAGGGAAAAUCUUCUUCAGUCUGUGUCAGGUGCUCAAGAGGUCGUCACUGGAAGAACCGUUCCCCUGUGUACUGUAAGGAUAUCAGUGAGAAGAUGGCCAGCAACACCCAAGGAAUCCAGCAAUUGCUGGCAGCUGAAAAGAAGGCCGCAGAAAAGGUUGCAGAGGCACGAAAACGCAAGGCUCGUCGUCUAAAGCAGGCAAAGGAUGAGGCAACAGAGGAAAUUGAGAAGUACAGAGUUGAACGUGAUCAGCAAUUCAAGGAUUUCGAGGCCAAGCAUGUAGGAUCUCGCGAGGGUGUUGCCAAUAAAAUUGAUGCAGACACAAGGUUGAAGAUUGACGACAUGAAUAGAACCGUGACAAAUCACAAGGAGCGUGUUAUCCAGGAGAUCCUCACGCAUAUCUACAACAUUGAACCCGAAUUGCAUAAGAACUUUAAGAAUUCCGCCAAGUAAUAUGUUUUCCCCUUCUUCCUCCUCCUCUCACAUUCCGUAGAUUUUGAAUUCCUUUAAAUAAAUCGUCUUGUAAUUUGCCUUUUAAAAAAAUGGUAUAAAAAAUAAUAAACAAACAGUAUUUUGUGAAGAGGGAUGUGAAUUAAAUAAAAAAAGGAAUAAUUUAAUGAGAAAAUGA